CGCCGCCCUUACGGAAGCCCGAUGGGGACGCGCAGGCCGCGUUUGGCGGCUGACCCGCGGAGCGCGGUGCGGGCGCGGUGCCGCGGUGUUUGACGUGCUCCCGGCGGGCCGGGCUGGCAGCGCUCCCCGGCCUCUUCCCGCCGCUCGGGGAUGAGCGGGGCGGCGUUCCCGUCUCCGGCUGCCGAGAUGGCAGAAAUGAACCGGCUGCAGUACGAGAUGGAAUACACCGAGGGCAUCAGCCAACGCAUGAGGGUCCCAGAGAAACUCAAAGUGGCUCCUCCRAACGCUGACCUGGAGAAGGGCUGCCAGGAAGGAUUCCCAAAUGCCAGUGUGACUAUGCAGGUUCCAGAGCGGAUUGUAGUGGCAGGUAAUAGUGAAGACAUUCCAUUUUCCAGACCAGCAGACCUUGACAUUCUUCAGUCUACUCCAUUCAAACCACUGGCAUUGAAAACUCCUCCCCGUGUUAUUUCUCUUAGUGAACGACCGCUAGAUUUUUUGGACCUAGAAAAACCUGCACAGCAGACACCUCAAAGUGAAGAGGUGCGCUCGGUGGGAAGGCUGAAGAGGGAGCGUUCCAUGAGUGAAAACGCCACGCGGCAGAACGGGCAGCUGGCCCGCAAUGAUUCCAUGUGGCACAGAUCAGAUACUGUCCCAAGAAAUAAAAUGCCACGGUUCCAGUCACCUCUUUCGACUAAGGAUUGCACUGUGACCCCAUCACUGCAACAGGCUCGUGUCUGUCCUCCCAAUAUGUUACCUGAAGAUGGAAUUAAUCUUUACUCUGCUCGUGGCAUUUUGUCGUUUAUCCAGUCUUCCACUCGUAGGGCUUACCAGCAGGUCUUGGAUGUGCUGGAUGAAAACCGCAGCUUGGACAAGGACAAUAGGCCAAUGUUACGUGGGGGGUCAGCUGCUACCACUUCUAACCCUCAUCAUGACAACACCAGAUAUGGUCUCUCCAACUUCGAUACGACRCUUGAGGGAACACCAGAUGACAUGACAGUUGUAGAUGCUGCCUCCUUAAGAAGACAGAUAAUCAAACUUAAUCGCCGUCUCCAGCUUCUGGAAGAAGAGAACAAAGAGCGUGCUAAGAGGGAAAUGAUCAUGUAUUCCAUUACUGUAGCUUUCUGGCUACUCAAUAGCUGGCUUUGGUUUCGGCGCUAGACACAGCUCRCAGAAAGAUUUAGUUGUUGAAAACACAAACAAUUUAAAAUUCCUUGUUUCUGUUUCUGACUUGUAUGCUGUUUUAUAAUGAGUACACUGGAAACUUCCAYCACAGAUAAAGGCUCUAGAAUUGCAGUGUUAAAGGGACACCUUGUUCAGUUAUAACGUAUUUAAUAGAUUUGCAUUGCAAAUAAUGCAGUAUCCUCCUUUGCAUGCUUCUGUGUAACAUGGACCAGCCCGUGGGAAGUCUGCUUCAUGCAGUGUGACAGUGGUCUCCAGGACUGACCACUGGAUGUUUCGUUGUGGAGGGAAGAGAACAAAUAGAAUGGGUUUGGAAAAAAAUACAAAAAGGAAUAAAAAGUCAUUUUUUAUUGUUCUGUUGUUAGAUGCARUUAAACAAUUGCAUUAGUUUUCCUUUUUAGUCCAAGUAGUUUGAGGUGUGCCAUAAUCAAGGAGUGUGUCCUGUUUCAUGAGUAUGUUCCUUGUUUAAGUACAUGUUCAGGUUGAAUAAUAAAAGGAAUUCUUUGCUAACA